GUUCGCGUAAAUCGGCAUGUUGGAGUGGGGUCCUGUGAUGUUGUCUUCUUAACUUCAGUUUUCUGUUGGGACGUGCCUGUGGUGGAGGCCAUAUCUUUCGUUGUAACCGACUCUUAUCCACGCUUCCCGAUCAUGAGUGUUGAGGAAGAAGUUAUGAAAAUUCAAAAGAAGCUCAAUAAAAUGACAUCAGCUGAUGGAUCUGGUCAAGAACAAGCAUUAGACUUACUUAAAACCCUUCAAAACUUACCUGUUAAUCUUGAUAUCUUGACAAAAACAAGAAUUGGGAUGACUGUUAAUGCACUUCGUAAGUCAAGCUCGGAUGAAGAAGUAAUCAGCCUUUCAAAAACUAUAAUUCGAAACUGGAAAAAGUUUCUUCCAGGUCCAAAUGCACCUAGUAGCAAAGAGACACCAGGGAGUUCCAAAGUCAAGAAAGAGGAAAAACCCAUGAGAGAUUCAGAUUCAAAAGAACGAGAAAAAGAAAGCAAGAAAAUGCAAACAUCCUUCCCUCCAUCUUCUACUAACACAACAGAUGCAGUUCGUCUAAAAUGUAGAGAACUGUUGUGUAACGCCAUUCGUGCAGAUGGAGGUAAAUAUCAAAUGUCUGAAGAUAUAUCAGAAGGCUGUGCAACUCCAGAAGAGCUCGCUGAAGAGCUAGAAGAGGCAAUAUUUCAAGAGUUCCGCAACACAGACAUGCGAUAUAAAAACAGAGUUCGCAGUAGAGUUGCAAACUUGAAAGAUGCAAAGAAUCCCACAUUACGUAGUAAUUUCCUUGCUGGGGUUAUUACAGCGGGUCGUUUGGCUACUAUGACAGCAGAGGAAAUGGCCAGUGAUGAAAUGAAGUCAUUACGUUCCAAAUUCAUGAAGGAAGCUAUUAAUGAUGCACAAUUAGCUCAGGUACAGGGCACUAAAACAGACCUGCUUAAAUGUGGCAAGUGUAAGAAGCGUAAUUGCACUUACAAUCAGGUGCAAACAAGGAGUGCUGAUGAACCUAUGACAACGUUUGUCAUGUGCAAUGAAUGUGGGAAUCGCUGGAAGUUCUGUUAGUCAGCACUGCCUGAGCAGCUCUUGUACCUGCCUCCCACCAGUUGCAACUUGCACUAAUGACUCUGCUCCCUCUCCAUUUUGUUCCCAUUUUCAGGCCAAAGCAUUCAAAAGAGGAUACUCCAGGGAGAAAUGGAAGGGGAUAUGUCAAAAGUCAUUGCAUGUUACUCAAUUAUGUUUUCAGAUCAGCGAUUGAAUUUGUUAGAAUGUUCUGGAUUUGCCAUGUUGCGAAGGUGUUGUGCAAUACGUUACUUUGUAUCUCAGUUGGAACUUAUUAGAAUCAAAUCAUGAAUAUCAAGAGCAUGAAAAAUGCUUUUAAAACUUAGAUGAUCGUGAUCAGUCAUUUCAUAUUGAUGUUGGAAUACCUGUUGGACUCGUGUAUUGAACUUCAAGGUGUAAAUAGUUUUCAGUGUUUCGUUCAUGUAGUGGUAUCUGAGAUGCUGAAUUCCCUUUUAAUAAAAGUGGCAUUAGGAGAGAGGCUUGAUGCUUUUGAAGAUUGUAUGAAUCAAAUGUAAUGUAACAGUGUAGUUGCUGUGGAAUUCAAUUUUGUUAGAUGUCCCUUGCAUACAUUUUUGUAUGUGCAGUGUUGUAAGAAAAUAAAUAGUACUUUUAUCUACAGUAAUUUGUGAUGCCAUCUGACACAAAAUGUGAAGUCAUAACUACAAAAUGUUUCUCUUCAUUUGUUUAUGUCCUUGGUCUUUCGAUGACUUAUAUCUGAUUUAAAUUAAGAUUCAAGGUGGACUGACCAUUAUGUUUUUGACAGUUUUUUAUUUACAAACAAACCUUUUUGAUAGAAUAUUUAUUUUGAAAUCCAAACUCAAAAUGUAAGGUCAGUCAAUGACUGGACUCUCCAAAUGCUAAAAUACAUUUGAAAAUGAGUUUUAAUGUUCUCUACAACAAUUUCUUAAUUGGGCUGUUGAAUGUUGUUAAUGUAUAACAUUUGUACGAGUGCUUUGUAAAUGAAGGUGAUUAAAUAAAUUACUUUCUCCAUCUGUUUGGUGACUUUAGGUUUUACUCUUAUUGUCAUUGAUCCUUUUGGAGAAGACAAUUUAUAAUUACUUUUGAGCAAUUGCUUGACAAGAACUGAAAUAAUGAGAAAGUGUUUUGACUUCUCUUGCGGAGAUAGUGAUCUAUUUCUUGCUGAUAGAAGAUAGUUGCAUCUCUUAUAGUGCAACAGACUGCGUCUUCUGAGCGACCCAGAAUUCUCCUCCGUUAUGUGCAACAGUGUACCUGCAAAUCAGACAAAAUUUGUGAUUUUGUGUGGCACAUUGAUUUUAAUUUAUUAAUGCUAAGUGUGUUCAGCAAUUUCAGUCCUAAUCUUUUUGUAGUAUAUCACAAGUACCAACCACAUUUUUGUAAAUACCACAAUUGUAUUUGUGUUUUGUCAACAUUAGUAAUGUUCAUCAUCUAAGAUGAAAUAAAACCUACAAUAUCUAAAAAUUGUUUUAUAUUAGAAUUGGCAUACAGGACUUAAUUAUUGUGGCUAUGGAAUAAAUAAAUGUAGUUUACUUUUCAGACUAUCAUUUUAACUGAAAGAAGUUCAGUAAAACCUCAUUUUUGAACUUUUCAUGGGACCAAUGGAAAAAAGUGCAGAAACAAGUGCAAAAUGCAGAGAAGUUUCAAAAACGGUCGGCUAGGCGAGUACUUACAUCAUUUACUGCAGUGGUGGCCGUUUUUUCUCGCCUUUCAUAAAACAAAGUAUAAUAAUCGUGUGCGGAAAAACUGCAAACUUUUGAUAGAAACACUCUUAUUGACUGGCCCUGGUAACGAAAAGUGGAUAAAUCAUGUUCCUAUAAAUGGUAAAUUACUUCCUCACACUUAGUGUAACCAGAAUCCAUGUUUUGUAGGUCUUUGAAAUCGAAAAAUUGAUUGAUGGCAAAAUGACUGUCGGUCUGUGGUCAACGCUAGUGCCUAGACUGUUCAGCUGAUUUUCUUCAAAAUCAAUCUCCCGAUUGAUCUGAACGAACUUGGAAGCUUUGUGAUUUUGUUACAUACAUAUCAGUGGCAUAAUGUUCAGGCCCGCAAUACGGGCGGGCCCAGGUAAAAGGGGGCCUGUUUGUAGGGGAUAUUUUUAUUAUAUAAUGUAUUACAACUAUUUGUGUUGAUACAAUUUUGUGAAGGGGGCCUGGAUGCAAGUUUUGUGGGUGGGUGCGCACUCAUUUCGUUUCCCUACUGGUACAUUUGAAUUAAUUUACUACAUAUUGGAAUUGGAUUUAUCCAUUUUUUCUGUUUUGCUACGAGUUUUUCUGUUGAAAAAUCACAGUUUUUCUGCAGCAUUACAUUACUUUCUCUGCACUACGUAUGUUACUCCACAAAUACGUACGUAUAUGAAAAAGUAAAAAAUAAAUAGAAAAAAGUAUGUAGUGGUAACGGUGGGAAGUGCUUCUUAUCAAGUUGUAAAUUGCGGAUUGAUAAUACAUUGUAUAUAUAGGCUUAACAAUUGGACCAAAGAAAAAUUACGUAAAAGGGUAGAAAAUAUGAAAAUGGGGUUUUACUGUAGUCUGUAUAAAAUAAAAUGAAUUUUGUACAUUAAAUGUAACAUUUACAUCCA